AUGGAUCCAAGAGUGAGAAAACGGAGUUCUUUGAAGCCACCACCAGGUUGGGAUGAAAUAUCUGCAGAAGUUAUGCGAUUAAAUGAAGAAAUGAGAGCGGCAGAAACUUCUACGUAUCAAGAAGAAAAUAAUAAAGAAAAGAUGUGGAAAGUAAUGCGUUGCAAUUGGAAGAGAAGCAGAAUUAUUUACGAAAUGAGAUACAAAAGUCAUACGAUGUCAAAAGAAUUAUAUGAAUGGAUAGUUAGACAAGGAUAUGCAGAUAAUAAUUUAAUAGACUACUGGAGAAAACCUGGUUACGAUAGAUUAUGUUGUGUAGCCUGUGCAGCUCGUAAUUCUGACCAUGGCGGUACUUGCAUCUGCAGAGUUCCAAGAAACAAAAGACAAAAAGAUCUCAAAUGCUUCCAUUGUGGCUGUCCUGGUUGCUGUUCUGGAGAUUUUAGUGAUUCUGACAACGAAGAAGAGCCAAAACAGGAAACAGAGCCACAAAAACAAGAACAAGAACCAACAAAACAAGAACAAGAACCACCAAAACCUGAAAACAACCAAUAG